UCAGCGACUCAGGGAUUGACUUGCUACCGGGGAAUAAUCUCGUUGACUUGGAAUAUGCAGACGAUAUAGUCCUUCUAGGCGAAGACGCUGACGAAAUGCAGAGUCUUCUAAACACCUUGAGCCGCAAUCUACGAAUGUUUGGCAUGCGAUUCGCUCCCGCCAAAUGCAAGAUGAUGUUACAGGACUGGACUACAUCGACGCCUAGUUUAAAAAUAGGAAGUGAAGUGGUAGAGCACGUUGACCGCUUCACUUAUUUGGGAAGUACCAUCAGCCACCAACGGGCUGAUCUCUGACGAAAUCUCAGCACGAAUACAAGGGGCUCGUUUCGCAUUUGUUAGUUUACGCCGACUCUGGCGUAGACGAGAUGUUCGACUAUCGACCAAAGGGCGGGUGUACUGCUCAUCAGUCCGCUCCGUCCUCCUUUAUGGUUGUGAGACCUGGCCACUGAGAGUGGAAGACAUGAAAAGACUAGCUGUCUUUGAUCAUAGGUGCCUGCGUUCUAUUUCCCGUGUAAAGUGGCAUAAUAAGGUGAGCAACAUGGAGGUUAGGCGUAGAGUUCUAGGUAAACAGGGGAAAUCAAUCGACGAAGUCGUGAAGCUACAUCGACUGAGAUGGUUAGGACAUGUGUUACGUAUGCCAAGUCAUCGCCUCCCUCGACGAGCAAUGUUAGCGGAUAUAGGGUCAGGCUGGAAAAAAGCUAGCGGCGGUCAAACAAAAACUUGGCAUCAGUCAAUGAAAUCCACAACAGUUGGUCUUAGCCACGUAGAAAGGUGUAGACUUCCAGGCUGGGGUCCUCGGGACGGUAAAAAUCUAUGGUUGGAAACAAUUGGUGACAUGGCUCAAAAUCGUUCUCAGUGGCGCAGAUGCAUCCACUCCCUGUGACUUAUGAUCUUCAAUGAAACUGUUUUGUAUUUCUUUAUUACUCCUUUGUCUCACACCUCUGCUCACUGUUUCUAUUAUGCUUUUCUUGUACUUUCUUCUCUUGCUUCGCGUGCUACACGGAAUGUGGCGACUUGAACUUCCGCAC